AUGAUUGGCUACCUAACAAAACAACAAUUAGAUCGUCUUAAGCAGCAUCAAUAUUCGGUUAUUGGUCAGUCUGCAACGGAAAGCUUUCUGCAAACGUACUGGUGUUGGUUAGUCAAGCAAGUGCCACUAUGGCUAGCUCCAAAUCUUAUAACCUCCCUUGGGUUAGCAGUCAAUAUUGUAACAACAGUCAUUUUAGCUUGUUACUGUCCACUGAUGACCGAAGCGGCGCCAUGGUGGGUAUAUUUCCUGUGUGCCGUAGGCCUCUUUGCCUAUCAAUCGUUAGAUGCAAUCGAUGGAAAACAAGCUAGAAGAACCGGCAAUCAGAGCCCUUUAGGUGAAUUAUUCGAUCAUGGAUGCGAUUCUAUUUCUAUGAUAUUUGUCUGCCUUGGCUUGAGCAUCUGCAUGCAGUUUGGAUAUAAUUAUGCCCCGCUAUUAAUCUUCACAACUUCCGCUCCAUUUCUAUUUUAUUGCUCUCAUUGGCAAGCCUACGUCACUGGCACUUUACGAUUUCAUCAAUUUGAUGUGACUGAAGCUCAAUUGAUUGUCAUUACGAUGUUCAUACUAACAUCGAUUUACGGCCCGCAAAUUUGGUCAUUUCAGGUUAGAAAACUGUCCAUAACUAAAAAGUUUUAUUUACUUUACGUUAUUUCCUCUAUAACAGGGGGAUUAAUAACAAUUGGUCUACAUUUAAGAGCCGUUCUAGGAGGAGGUCCAGGAAAAAAUGGAACAACUAUUGCUGGUAACAGCGUUAUAUCACCAGCAAUUCCAAUUGGAUUUAUGAUGGUUGUAUUUGCUUAUAUAUGUGCAAAAUCUGAUAUAUUACAAACGCAUCCGACCUUGCUUGUCCUGGGCGUAUCGAUUGCCUAUGCGAAGUUAACAAUGCGACUUGUGGUAGCUCAUAUGUCAAAAAGUGCUAUGGGAUUUGCAGAUAGUGCUAUGAUAUCUCCUAUUUUAUUGGCUCUAAAUAUUUACCUUGGCAACAUAGUUAACCCUUACAUGUUACUAUUAUUUUGUUCGGUACUCUCUUGGUAUGAUGUUCUCCAUUACUGCUGGGUAGUUGUAUUACAGAUAGCCAGGCAUUUAAGAAUUAACGUCUUUACAAUCACGCCAAAGUUAUCCAGUAAUUAA